UAUCUUUUUAUUCAACUCUUCAAUAAUACAAGAAAACAGUGAAGAGAAUCAAAGAAGAAUUUUUAUACUAAUGGCUGCUUGUAUUUAUACAUGUCAAGUUAAUUAUUGUUGUUUGCAAAGGCCUAUUAUACCCACAUUUAAAGACCUAAGGAGCUCAGUCUCGACUAAUUUGAAGCCACUUUUGACAAAUUUGGAGCAUUUUCCCUUGAUCGUAGAUGUUCCAAAAGUUAUGAAGGAAAUUUCUUCCAAAUUAUUGGACACUUUUGUAGAUUUUACUUUUGAAUUUGUGGACCAACCUUUGUCUCCAUCUCAGAGUAAUUUUGCACCUGUUGAAGAAAUUGGAGAAGUUGUAAGAGUCACUACAAUUCAAGGGAAAAUUCCAAACGAUUUCCCUAAGGGUGUUUACAUAAGAAAUGGAUCAAACCCUCUCUUUGGAGGAUUAAAAUCAAGCAAGUCAAUAUUUGGAAAAUCAAGCCAUCUAUGGAUUGAAGGUGAAGGAAUGCUUCAUGCUUUGUACUUCACAAAAGAAAAAGGAAAAGGAAGUAAAUGGAAUGUGUUGUACAAAAACAAAUAUGUAGAAACAGACACAUUCAACAUGGAAAAAAAUAGAAAGAAACCAGGUUUUCUUCCUAAUAUGGAAGGGGAUGCUCUUGCUGUUUUGAUGACUACCUUUCUAAAUCUGUUGAGAUUUGGUGUAUUGCACAAAUAUAUUAGCAACACAAAUGUGUUUGAGCAUGGAAAGAGGUACUAUUCAAUUGCUGAGAAUCAUAUGCCUCAAGAGAUAAACAUACAAACACUUGAAACUUUGGGUAAUUGGACUGUCAAUGGAGCUUGGAAUCAAUCAUUCACAGCCCAUCCAAAGAAAAUCCCGCAUACGGGUGAACUUGUUAUAAUGGGAAUUAAUCCACUAAAGCCUUUUCUUGAAUUGGGAGUCAUUUCAGCUGAUGGAAAGCAAAUGGUUCACAAGGUGGAUCUCAAAUUUAAUAGGUGUAUUCUUUGCCAUGAAAUAGGAGUUACAAGGAGGUACAUUGUGAUUUUGGAUUUUCCACUAACUAUUGACAUUAACAGACUUAUUAUUGGAGGAGAAUUAAUAAAAUACGACAAAGAUGAAUACGCAAGAAUUGGAAUAAUGCCUCAUUAUGGGGAUGCUAAUUCCAUUAAAUGGUUUGAAAUUGAGCCAUGCUGUGUAUUUCACAUAAUAAAUUGUUUUGAAGAUAAUGAUGAGGUGGUGGUGAGGGCAUGUAGAGCUUGCAGAUCGAUUAUACCAAGACCGGAACUCAUAGUAGACGAAUUUGGGUUGAGUUUUGACAGAUUAAACGAGAUGAGUUUCUGUAAAGAUAACGUUCAAGUGUUGAAAGAAAUUCUUUCAUUUUUUCAUGUUUGUGAAUGGAGAUUAAAUAUGAAAACAAGAGAAGUGAAGAUGAAAAAUCCAACUACAGCUAAUCAUCAGUUUAUUAUGGAAUUCCCAAUGAUCAAUGAACGUUUCAUUGGUCUUAAAAACAAAUUUAGCUAUCUACAACUUAUAGAUUCAGAAGAUUUCUCUAAUUACUUUGCAAAGAAUUUAUCAGGAGGAUUUGCUAAAUUUGGAGGGAUAGCCAAACUUCAUUUUGAAGAAAGACAAGUUGAAAUUUCUAAGGAUGAUAAACAAGAAGAUGAUUUGAUUAAGGUUGAGUAUCACAUUUUUCCUAAAAAUACUUUUUGUAGUGGAGCUAUAUUUGUUCAAAAAGUUGAAGGUGUCGAUGAGGAUGAUGGUUGGAUAGUAGCGUUCACGCACAAUGAGAAUACAAAUCAAUCUCAAGUUUAUAUAAUCGACGCAAAAGAUUUUGAAAGUGAGCCAAUUGCCAUAAUCAUAUUACCAAGUAGAGUGCCAUAUGGAUUUCAUGGAGCUUUUAUGCCAUUUUUCAACUUAUAGUUAUAGUUAGUGUAGUAUAAUAUAUAAUCACAUAUAUGUCUCUCUUUUUUUUCUUUUCUUUUUUGAAAUUUUUAGCCUCUGCAAUUUCAACGACUAUAACCAACUCAUGCUAACCAAUUAAAUUUUAAGUCAUCUCCAUAUUGAUAUUAUAUUAAAUUU